UAAAUACCCACACACAGCAUCUCAGCCCGUCAAGAUACCCCGUGCAGGGUCGGUCCCCGUGGGAGCCCCAGCGCUGACGACAGAUGGCAAGUUGAUUCACAGAGGAAAAGGUCGUGAUGAUGGCCACAUUGUGGCUCUUUUGAAAAUGGAAACAACUUCAAAUAUUUCAGGGAAGGAGAUUUCGCGUGAAUCUAGAUAUGCCGUAGAAAACCAUACGAUGUUUGAGAAUACCACAAUGUCAAAAAUACUGCUGACGGUUCUUGGAGUGUCCUCUGCUCUCGGUCUAGCCUUCCUCAUCAUGUCGUGUCUUUUUUGCAUCCAUGUCAUACGAAGAUACUACAAGAAAAAACAAAAAAUGUAUGACGUUCCGGAAAUUAUUGAAAUGCCCGACCCUUUCAUUGCAAGUACGGUCAAAGAACAGAUGUUGGGAUCUGAUGAACCGGAAGCGAACACCUACAGCUGCCUUGACCUUGUGACUCAGAAGCCCCAAAUCGACCAUUGGCCUGGACUUUCUGUUCCGGGGGACGUCACAGGAGCCAGCCAUGAACUGACUCAUGUCAGAAGUUGGGAGGAUAUUCCUAGUUGCUCAGAUGAUGUCAACAUCGGGGCGUCGAGAUGGAAAUGUCGGUCAUAUUCUCUAGCAAGCCUCAAUAUGGGUAUAGAAGCAUACAAUACCACGUUGCAUUUCAGUGCUGAAUAUGUCAAGGAAAGGUCAACGUUGACGGUUGUCCUUCAACUCGUGUCGUCUUUGCCACUCAAGUUCAGAGGUCGGGCGGUGUACGCUGUCGCGCACCUGUAUCCUUAUCGCACAGAAGGCUUGGAAAGUAGAUUGACUGUCUCUGCGGAAAGUGCGGAGUUUAAAGAAACAAUCAAGUUCAGGGACGUUUCUAACGAAGACCUAGAAAAAUCAACACUGAAAAUUACUUUGUACUCGAAGAAGCUGAAAAAAUCUAGCAAAGAUGCCUUUAUAGGUCAAGUGUAUUUGAAAGGAAGUGACGUGAACUGGACCCCGCAACGACUGCUGCAGUUCGACAUGAAGAUUGAGAGAAAACAACUGAAGAGGCAAUCCACGUCGGAGAAGUACUUGUUCAAGGACAUGGGGGAGCUGUUUGUGUUGUUACAGUACCAGCAGCUGGCAAACCGCAUCAAGGUCCUUGUCCGCAAAGCCAACAACCUGCCUCGUUCUGACAAACUUCUCGGGAACCCAGCGCAUUACGUCAUAGUCAACUUACGGAAGGACGACACCGUCAUCGACCACAGAGAGACUUCUACACAGAGCGGGUACUCGCCAAUAUGGAACCAGCCAUUCCUGUUUGACACGCCUAGAAGUGAAAUUACCGACCUAUCCAUUGAGUUUGUCAUUAUGAGAGGGAGGCGAUACAAAGAUGGCGUCGUUGGUCACGUGACAGUAGGCCCGGAGACGUCGGGCACUGGGCUUAGUCAUUGGGAAGAAAUCAUGAAACCUCAUGGGAAUGAAAUAGCCAGGUGGCAUAACUUGAUGCCUGUUUUCAAAUUUCAGUAGUUAAGCCAGUAAUAUGGUGCAAUAUUGCGGGACCAUUCCCAUUGUUACAGAAUAAUUUCAUUUUUAUGCUGGUUCUUAUGAAAUACUAAAAAUGUAAUUUGCAGUUACAGUAUGAUGCACAAGUGUGCAUAUGUAUUAUAUAUGCUUGGUAAGGAUGUAGGGAUUAUUGCUGAUGAACAUGUGAAGAUAAUGCAGACAGAUAUUGUGAAAUAAA